AUCAGUCGAGGAUAUAAUGUAUUUAAUUACGUUUAAUUAAUAAAAUAUGAGCACCGGAACAAACUUGUAUCGAAAGGCAAAACUCUGCUUCGUGGACUCUUGGAUUGGGACUACUAAAUCGAUUAAUCUAGAACCUGCGGCUGAGUUUCAUCAUCAAUGAUCAACUGGGCAUCAAACUAUGUGAGUGUCCAUGGGCGGCGGUACCACUUCAGAUCAGGUCAUGGCCGAUACAACUACAAAGUGCUAGCGGCAUGCAGUUUGAUAUCAGUAGCUGUGGCCUUUGAAAUGUUUGGGUUUGCAAUCACCGUAGCUGCUGCUACCUGUGAUCUGGAUCUUACCAUCAGUCAGAUUGGUCUUCUAGCUAGUUCACCGUUUGCAGGCUUACUCUUUGCAUACCCAUGGGGCUACUAUGCUGACACACGAGGAAGGAAAAGUGCCUUGCUGCUCUCUACUUCAAUUGGAUUUAUUUUUGGACUCCUAGGGAGUUUCUCAGUCAAUUGGCAGAUGAUGCUGGCGCUGAAGAUUAUUGGGUGCAGCUUCUCCACUGCCUCAUUCACGCUUACAAUGACAUACCUCGGAGAGUGCACCAGAGACAGGAAUAGGGGACAAUAUAUCUUCAUCAUGAUGAGCAUGAAUUUAGCAAGUGAAAUGCUGUCUUAUGGUCUGGCCUACAUCAUUCUUCCUUUGACAUUUGCGUACUUCGUACCCUUGUUAUCUAUCACAUUCAACUCUUGGCGUCUUUUCUCGAUGAUUCUGUCUAUUCCACUUGGUGUCGGAGCCAUUUUCAUGUGGACCCUCCAAGAGAGCCCUAAAUUCUUAGCAGACAGGGGAGAUGGAGAUGAAGCUUUGCGCGUCCUGAAGACGAUGUUUGUGGCGAAUGGGAAUUACGAACAUGAAUUUCCGGUUAAGUCGCUACAGUCAAUGGCCAGUGUCUCUAAAGAAAUUUCCUGUUGUGUUACACUAGGGCAACAAAUAGCUCAACUGUUCAAGCCACCAUUACUGUGGAGGACAUUGCAACUGUUCUAUUUAUUAUCACUUACUUGUUCGAUAAACAACACUAUUGUGAUGUGGUUCCCGACGAUGCUAGAUAUUGUUUUCAAAUCGUUUUCAUCGGAUGGAGCGCAGGUUUCAUUUUGUGAAAGUAUAACGGAGGACUCUGUUUCGCACAGAAACUCUAAUGCACCAUGCACUGGAACAUUAUCUGAAGAAACUAUUUUCUCUGGCAUUAUCGCAAGUUUAUUUUUCGUAAUAGUCAACCUUUGUGUUGCGAAAUUGGCGAUGUGGCGACGCCAUAUUUUGAUUGGCUCUCUUUUUAUUGCAGGAGUCAGUUGUGUUAUGAUAAUAGUAUUGAGACAGCCCAUAGCGAGCAUAAUAUUCUUCACAUUAGCCCAAAUAACUGCCAUCGGGAUCGGGAGCAUCGCAUCUUAUUUCGUCGACUUGUAUCCAACAUCCUGCAGAGGUCUCGCACCAAGCUUGGGCUUCAUGUUAGGUCGUUUCGUAUCUCUAACGGGUGUGAUAUUAAUCGGAGGAACCAUCGUGAACCAUUGCAACGCUAUAUUCUAUACUUCUGCUACGUUGGCCUUUUCCGGUGCGGGCGUUGCGCUAUUGCUUCCAUAGGACAUCCAAAAGCGAACACUUCGGACUGUUAUAAUCUUUUUAAAAACAAAACGAUUUAUUUAGAAAUAGUAAUUAAGAAACAGAGGUGUAACCCUAAUUGGCACUGACAAUCGACUGACCCUGCUCAUAUGCUUGCCCUUUUUAUUAUUACUCAGCAAAUUAGAUAUUCAAGAGGUUAGAUAUAUAUCUUACAUGCUAAGGGUAUAACAGUACGAUAUAGGUAUCUUUUAAAUAGUUUUGGAACAACAGAUUAUGGUAAAAAUCUUAUUUGCUUAAUACUGGUGUCUAUUUAAGGUUGUUUACGCUAUUUAGUACUCAAAACUUAGAAAUUAUUGGCAUAUAUACGUUCUAGAACUUUUAGAAGAGGGUACAAAUAUUGUUCUCUGGUCGUAAGCCGUUAUCCCUUAAUAUAAAAAUUAAAUGUUAAAUUAAUUUUAUCAUCUUGUAUUACGGAAAAAAUACUUUUCUUAAGUUAAUAAAAAUUUCAAUUUAUUUUUCGUUCGUUUCGAUUUUCGUUCAGUGCUGUAUUUUUUGGAAUAAAACGUUUUCAUUUA